AAGGAGUUCCACCACUAUGAAGAAAAAACGCUUACCAUAACAAACUGUGCAAAAACAACGAUAAGGAAUAAUAAUAUGAUAGUGAACUUCAACUUCUUUGUUUAAAUACAAAUAUAAAUAUAAGCUGGAGUGACGUCGUUAGCACAGGGGUAAAUGCGACCCCCCAAGUUCCGCAAAUAAAGUAGAAAGGUCAAAUCCCAGCUGAUUGUAACUGCGCAGACAACAAAAGCAACAUUUAAAUGCAUAAAUAUUAUCACAAAGCUUUGUGGGUUGAUUCACUUGUUUAUGCGGAGACCUCUAUCUGGCGUCAAUUGAGUGGCGCGAUCCGAUAACCUGCAAGCAAAUAUAGUCUUUAUAUGCUUUAGUCGUCACUUUAGCUUUGUUUACAACAAAACGCACAACGCACAAUGAGGCUCAAAUCGGGAAUAUUUAUGGUGCUGCUAUUGGCCACUUUUUUGGGCCUGGGUGAAUGCUUUUGGCCCUGGCCAUUUUCUAGAAAAAAUAGGAGCAAUCCUCCUCCACCACCUCCGCCGCCCCCUGAACCCAAGCUCUCGCCAGUGAUUUUCGUUCCUGGCGAUGGAGGCUCUCAGAUGGAUGCCCGUCUGAACAAGUCCAGCUCCCCCUAUUUCGUUUGCCAAAAGACCCACGACUGGUACAAUCUUUGGCUGGAUCUGGAGCAGUUGGUCAUUCCUAUGGUCUAUUGCUGGAUAGACAAUGUAAAGUUGUUUUACGACAAGGCCACGCGAACAACCCACAAUACUCCGGGUGUGGAGACAAGGAUUCCCGGCUGGGGUAAUCCCGAGGUAGUCGAGUGGAUCGAUCCCACAAAAAAUAGUGCUGGGGCCUACUUCAAGGACAUUGCCAAUGUGCUGGUGGAUUUGGGUUACGUGCGGAAACUUAACAUCCAUGGAGCACCCUACGACUUUAGAAAAGCACCAAAUGAGAACAAGCAGUUUUUCGUCGAUCUCAAGCAACUGGUUGAGGACACCUACGAAGCCAAUAAUCAGUCAGCUGUAACCUUGAUCUCCCACAGCAUGGGCAGCCCCAUGUCACUGGUUUUCCUGCAGCAGCAGACUGUCCAGUGGAAGGCCAAGUACAUGAAACGCAUGAUCAGCCUGGCUGGAGCUUGGGCUGGCAGCUUCAAGGCGGUGAAGGUGUUUGCCAUGGGCGACGAUCUCGAUUCGUUCGCUCUGAGUGCGAAGAUUCUUAAAGAGGAGCAGAUAACGCAUCCAUCCACUGCUUGGCUGCUGCCUUCUCCGCUCUUCUGGAAGCCGUCCGAGGUUCUGGUCACGACUCCAAGCAGAAACUACACAAUGGCUCAGCUCAAGGAGUUCUUCAACGAUAUUGACUAUAUGACGGGUUGGGAAAUGCGCAAGGAUACGAUUCGCUACACCCAAAACUUCAGUCCACCGGAUGUGGAGCUGCAUUGCCUGUAUGGCGAUGGCAUAGACACAGUUGAAAGAUUACAGUACAAGAAAUCGGAUAUUUCCGGAGAGACACCCAAGUUAAUCAUGGGUCUGGGCGACGGCACCGUAAACCAGCGUUCACUGCGAGCCUGCCAAUAUUGGACGGGUUAUUCGAGCUCUCCCAUAAACACACUUGCCCUACAAGGCGUCGAUCACAUGCAUAUCCUGUCCAAUCCAGAUGUCCUUAAAUAUGUUCGCACUGUCAUGCAACAGCCGUAAAGUCCGAGUGUCCUGUUUCAUUAGAUUAAGAGUUUCUUGAUUUCAAAAACCAAUGACGUAUCUGUAAAAUCUUGCAAAAAGAACAAAGCCAAUUUUACGGACAAAUAAAUGUUAAUCAUUAAGUAGCACAAAUCAAAUGGA